AUGAGAUCUGUGCUGCCCAACAAGCCACCUGCUGAGCCCGUUUUGCUGAGGCUUGAAGACGUCGACAUACCUGUGCCUGCUCUUCAAAAAGAGAACCCGACAUCGACCGGUUCAGCGCUGGCUUCAUCAUUCUUCGCCAAGACCCAUUCGAUUCAUCCAAUCAACAGGCCCUUCUCAUUCAACGUCGACGCUACGGAUCAUGGGUACACUGCUUUGCGUGAGACGAAAGAGGAAAUUGGCGUAGUUGUUUCACCGGAAGCCGUUUUUCCGCUUGUAUACAGAAGAACAUUCAAGCUCAAGGGCUUGCGGAUGGUUUAUUACACAUCAGUUGCGCAGCUUGGUGCUAAGGUUCCCGUUACUGUGUCGCAUGAGCACAUUGCCUGGGGGUUCUUCGACGAGGAAGCCGUACGGAAUUUCGGACCCUUUGUCAAGGAGAAGAGUCGGCAAGUGAAACAUGUAAUGCUUGAAGCAAAAUAG